AUGAAAACUAGAUCAGAAACACAAACAGCAGCCAAACCUGUUGAUGUCACAAUUAUUGAUACAUCGCUAAAGCCAAAAGCACCGGUCAAUAAAAAACGAAAAUUAGACUAAAUUUCUUCAAGUGUUCCACCAGCUAACGAUCCAGUACCAAAGACUUACAAGAAACUCAAAACAGUAGAUAAAAUCAAAUCAUCCGCCAUUGCAAGUAAUGAUGCUAAAGCUACUUCUGACCAGAAUCAACAUAUCUAAUCUGCCAUUCCAGCAGCAAAGGCACCCAAAUUAUCUAGAGCAAAUAGCAAAAAGAACAAAGAAGAGUAAAAAUAAGAGGAGAAUAAGAAUGAUAAAGACUAGGGAUAGCUUGGAGCUUUAAAUCAGAAAGCAGACCAAUUAUAUAAAAAUAUCAGCAAAUUUUUCGUUCCCAAGCCCUUUACUUAGCUGAAUGACAAAUUUGGAAGUUUGACUAAAUAUAUUGAAGUUACUGUACUAGAGCUUCUCAAUAAAGUCAAAGAAGAGGAAAUAAAUAAUCAUCGUAAGAAAGGUGAGGAAGAGAACUGUCCGAUCUGCAUGUGUGAACUAUAUGAAAACCUAGAAAAAAUGAGCGAGCAAGAGAUAAAAGAGAUGCACGAAAAAUAGAUUAAGCAAGAAUUACCUAUUGAAGUAGUGGUAAUGAGUAAAUGCACAGAUCAUUGCUAUCAUAAAGAGUGUCUCGUCGCUUAAAUGGGAUAAUAAGAAUGUAUCAGAUGCGCAGUAUGCUCAUAAAUAUACGGUGUUCUUACUGGCGGCAUGCCUAAAGGUACUAUGAGUUGGAAAUUAACACCUAAGAAUAAGAACUACUACUGCGACGGAUAUAAGGACUUUGGAGUUUGGGAGAUUAGAUAUGAUUUUCCAGAUGGUAUCAGAAAUGGAGUCAAGUAUCAAGGUACAAGACGCAGAGCAUAUAUACCAGAUAUCCCUGAAGGAAGGGAAGUCCUGACUCUAUUAGUUAAAUCUUUUGAGCGUAGACUAUCUUUCCUGGUUGGCACAUCUGUAACAACUGGCCAACAAAAUUGUGUCAUUUGGAAUGUUCAUCACAAGACUAACACUCAUGGUGGAAGCAGCUGCUUUGGAUACCCAGACCCUACUUACCUAAACAGAGUUAAGUUAGAACUGGCUGACAGAGGAGUGUUUUUAGAGAAUAUACAUGAGGUUGAAGCAGUCACUCUUAAUGGAAAUGGGCAAAGCUAUGUAAAUUGA